CGUGCCGGUGACGUCAUCGCGUCAGUGCAGCGCGUGUGUUAAAGGGGCGGAAGUCAGUCAGACUUAGACGCUCGCUGGGGUUUCUAAACUUGUUUUCUCUGUCUUCUUCACUCACAGUUUGACUCCACAGCAGCUCACAGGCUGUGAAUUGGACUUCGGCAGCACCUUCAGCAGUGACCCGCUCCACCAUGAGUAACUACAGCGUGUCCUUGAGCGGACCUUCACCCUGGGGCUUCAGACUACAGGGUGGCAAGGACUUCAGCAUGCCUCUCACCAUCUCCAGACUGACAGAAGGAGGAAAGGCAGCGAAAGCCAAGAUCAGCGUCGGGGACGUGGUGCUGUCUAUCGACGGCAUCGCAACGGAGAGCAUGACACACCUGGAAGCACAGAAUAAAAUCAAAGCCUGUACGGGAAACCUGAACCUCUCGCUGCUGAGAUCUUCCAGUAUCACUAAAACAGACACUUCGAAGGGGGAACCACAGGAGAUCAUAAAGCCGGUGCCCAUCAGCCAAACACCUGGGGCCUCCACCGGCCCCGCCAGCAUUGCUUAUAAUAAAACCGCUCGGCCCUUUGGUGGAACGACUAACACGGUCAGAUCAGUCAGUCCCAAAGCCUCCAUCCCCUCCGCCUCGUCUGCCUUCACUCCAGCCACUCCCACCCAGCAGCAUGGCCACUCCCCCUUUGCUAACUCCUCCUCCACACCGUCCUCUGGCUCCUCCUCCCCGGCGAGAGUGAUGGCUCCGCCCCCGGCCCCCGUCGCCCCUCAUUCGUCCGUCUAUAACACGCCCAUCAACCUCUACUCCAAUGAGAACGCGUGUGAGGUGGCCUUGGGCCAGAGGCGUGGCCUGCUGGAGAGCAGAGCCCCUGGGGAACAGCACAACGGGAGCGCUCGUCAGCCCGUGCCGGACCCCGAGGGGAAUCACGUCUCUGCUGUCAGUGAUGCCAGUAAGAAGCGUGUGAUCGAGGACACGGAGGACUGGCAUCCUCGCUCUGGCACGUCUCAGUCCCGCUCCUUCCGCAUCCUGGCACAGAUCACGGGCACAGAGAACGAACCAGCUCAGGAGAACCGGCCGGGGAAGAACGAGGCCACAGAGGAGCUUCAUCCCAGUUCGCAUGCCACGUCUUCAGUCAAAACCGUGAGCACAGCGUCCGCUGGAGCCCUGCAGAAGGACAACGGCGUCCCUCCAGCCGCAGCCGAGAGCCACCAGUCGAGCAGCGCCGCAGGGUUUCCCAAAGCAGGUGCACCUGCGCCGCAGACGGGGCCCUCGAUGGGACGGGUCAGCAGCAAGGGCCCGGAUCGACCCGCUCCUCAGGUUCAUCCCAGUGACCAGGACUCGCUGGUGCAGAGAGCCGAACACAUCCCGGCGGGAACACGCACACCCAUGUGUGCACACUGCAGCAUGGUCAUCAGGGGUCCGUUCCUGGUGGCGAUGGGUAAAUCGUGGCAUAAGGAGGAGUUCAUCUGCUCUCACUGCUGCAGUUCUCUGGCAGACGUGGGCUUCGUGGAGGAGCGUGGCUCUGUGUACUGCGAGCGCUGCUACGAGCAGUUUCUGGCCCCGACCUGCUUCAAGUGCCAGCAGAAGAUUCUGGGGGAAGUCAUCAAUGCCCUGAAGCAAACCUGGCAUGUGAACUGCUUCCUGUGCACCAGCUGCCAGCAGCCAAUCAGCAACAACACCUUCCACCUGGAGGACGGCCGGCCGUACUGUGAGACCGAUUACUACACCCUGUUCGGCACCAGCUGUCACGGCUGUGACUUCCCCAUCGAAGCGGGCGAUAAGUUCGUGGAGGCGCUGGGCUUCACCUGGCACGACACCUGCUUCGUCUGCACGGUGUGCAGCACGAGUCUGGAGGGUCAGACCUUCUUCUCCAAGAAAGACAAGCCCUUGUGCAAGAAACACGCUCACAGCGUCCAGUUCUGAUCUCACGGAGAAACACUUGUGGUCAGAUUUAUUCCAGUGAGAUCAGGAACCGCUCUCCUGAAGAAGGCUUUGGCUUCAUGUUCAGAGCGUUGUCUGUUUUUGAGCGAGUAUAUCAUGCGAUGCAGUGUUUUAUUGAGAUCUUGACAUGCAAGAGAUUUUUCGUUUCUUAUUGUUAUCAUUCCAGAAGUUUAUAGUCUAUUAUCCACAUGUAUUUAAAGAGCCGUGUCUCUGUGCUAAUAUAUUUUGUGUUUGGACGGCCGUCUCUCUCCUGCAGAACAUCCAGCUCUCUUCAUGCAGGUAGAUUUGAUAUUUUACAGUGAUAUUUAAUGUUAUUUCUGUGCUCUUUUAUCUGCGUCAGGUUUGUGGGAGAUCCGAUCAUCUCUGACUUUAUUUGUAUUAAUAUAAAAACAUGUUUUAAGUUUAGGAUUAAAGACUUCCAGAUGGUUUUCUAAUCAUUAGCUCGUGUGCAUCUUUAUUCUCUUUGUUUUAGUUGCCUGUAAUUCACUUCUUUAUUCUGAGAUGGGAUGAAAAAUAAAACACUGUUCUUCUCAAA